UGUUAGCCGCUGAUGAUGCAGAAGAGUACGAUGAGUCGACGAUUAUGCUGCCGUGUACGUUUCAGAUAACACCGCAUAUGGAAGUUGGAACAGAUUCCCAUCCUGGUCACACGUCUCAUCUCCACCACUAUAUUCUGCACCACCGCCCCACCCCUAUAAAAUUCUCUGCACUCUGCGCCACUACUCACUUCAAAUUGCUAAAACAUCCCACUCCCACCGCCUAAAAUGCCAAACCCCAGAGUCUUCUUUGACAUCACAAUCGGCGGCCAGCCGGCCGGCCGCGUCGUCAUGGAGCUGUUCGCCGACACGACUCCGCGCACGGCGGAGAACUUCCGAGCCCUCUGUACCGGAGAGAAGGGCGUCGGUCGCAGCGGCAAGCCUCUUCACUACAAGGGCUCCACCUUCCACCGCGUGAUCCCGGGGUUCAUGUGCCAGGGCGGCGACUUCACCGCCGGAAAUGGCACGGGAGGAGAAUCCAUCUACGGGUCGAAAUUCGCGGACGAGAAUUUCAUAAAGCAGCACACGGGACCGGGUAUUCUGUCGAUGGCGAACUCUGGGCCGAACACGAAUGGUUCUCAAUUCUUCAUCUGCACAGCGAAAACGGCGUGGCUGGACGGAAAGCACGUGGUAUUUGGACAGGUAGUUGAGGGGCUGGACGUGGUGAAGGCUAUUGAGAAGGUGGGGUCGUCUUCGGGCCGGACAGCGAAGCCCGUUAUGAUUGCUGAUUGCGGUCAGCUCUCCUGAGUCCUGAGGUGGGAAGCCUACUGCUCAUUUAAUACUAAUACUAUAAACUCCUGUGUGUGUUUAUGUGUAAUAAUUAAUAAAACCCUGCUGGUUUGUUUAUCAUGAAUUAAGUUUUUUUCUUUUUUGAUCUUUACUCAGUUUGUAGUUGAAUAUGGGUGUGAUAGAAUAUGAAUUACCAUCA